CCAGGCAGGAUAAAGGCCUGGGUGCAGGAGCCUAACACACCUUUUUCUCUGCAUCCAAUCUCCACGACACUCUGUGCUGACAACCGCCAUGGCCCCCAAAAAGCCAGAGCCCAAGAAGGACGAGGCUAAGGCAGCGCCCAAGGCGGCCCCAGCGCCAGCUGCAGCUCCAGCGCCCACGCCAGAACCUGAGCCCCCCAAGGAGGUGGCGUUUGAUGCCUCCAAGAUCAAGAUCGAGUUCACACCUGAGCAGAUUGAAGAGUUCAAGGAGGCGUUCAUGCUGUUUGACCGCACGCCCAAGGGGGAGAUGAAGAUCACGUAUGGCCAGUGUGGGGACGUCCUGCGGGCGCUGGGUCAGAACCCCACCCAGGCUGAAGUGCUCCGUGUUCUGGGGAAGCCAAAACAGGAAGACCUCAACUCCAAGAUGAUGGACUUCGACACGUUCCUGCCUAUGCUGCAGCACAUUGCCAAGAACAAGGACACGGGCACCUACGAGGACUUCGUGGAGGGGCUACGGGUCUUUGACAAGGAGGGCAAUGGCACCGUCAUGGGCGCUGAGCUCCGCCACGUGCUGGCCACGCUGGGUGAGCGGCUGACGGAAGAUGAAGUGGAGAAGUUGAUGGCCGGCCAAGAGGACUCUAACGGCUGUAUCAACUAUGAAGCCUUUGUGAAGCACAUCAUGGCCAGCUGA